GGGACGGACCCAAAAUGGCGGCGCCCACAGGUACCAGGAAGAGGUGCUCAUGUCGGGGAACGGAGCGGUGUGGGGGCGCGUGCGAUGCCGCCUCCGCGCCUUCCCCGAGCGCCUGGCGGCCUGUGGGGCUGAGGCCGCCGCCUACGGCCGCUGCGUGCAGGCGUCCACGGCCCCGGGCGGCCGCCUGAGGAAGGACCUCUGCGCGCAGGAGUUCGAGGCCCUGCGGCGCUGCUUCGCCGCCGCGGCCAAGGACACCCUGAAGGGAGGCCCCUAGGCCGGACGAGGGCGCAGAGCCAGCGCCUGGAACACCCAAAGCCUCGGGGCGAAGGGACUGGGCCCGCCCCGCCGGAGGAGCCGUGGGCGGGGGGCUAGAACGGGCGCGGGGAACCAGCCCGAGGCCCAUCGGGUCCGGCCCGUCUUGGUGCUGCGCGCAGCGGUGCGUGGGGCCCGGCCUCGCCCCCAGGAACCCGCCGGCGACGUGGGCUGCGGGACGCGCUGCCUCCGGGGUCUCGUUUUUUAGAGAAUUCCCACCAAUAAAAUGUCACCUGAACCUCA